CGGGUGCAGGCGGGGCGGGAUGCUGGGACCGUGACCGCGGCGGCUGUGCGGGGUCCGAGUGCGCCCGCGGCGGGGACGACCGGGUGCCGGCGCCAAGCGGGCGACACGCGCGUCUCUGCGGGGCUGCGCGGGGUCCGCGGAGCGGCUGGGGGCGCGCGGCGCGGGCGCGGCGCUGGGCGCGGGGGGCGCUCCCGGCCGGGAUGAGCUCACCGCAGUCGCGCCGGGGCUGAGCGCCGAGCCGGGCGGCGGCGGGGCGGGCGGCGGCUCCUCGGCGGCUCGGCGGCGGGGCCGGGCCGCGGGCCACCAUGCUGGGCCUGGACGCGUGUGAGCUGGGGGCGCAGCUGCUGGAGCUGCUCCGGCUGGCGCUGUGCGCCCGAGUCCUCCUGACUGACAAGGAGAAGGGGCAGCUGCCGCCAGAUGAGGUGCUGGAUGAGGCCGUGCCGGAGUACCGGGCCCCGGGGAGGAAGAGCCUCCUGGAGAUCCAGCAGCUGGACCCGGACGACGAGAGCUUGGUCAAGUACAAGCGGGUGCUGCUGGGGCCUGAGCCGCCUGUCGUGGACCCAAGCCUGCCCAACGUGCAGGUGACCAGCCUGACACUGAUGUCUGAGCAGGCCCCAGGGCCCAUCACCAUGGACCUCACAGGGGAGUUGGCUGCGCUGAAAAACCAGGUGUUUGUCCUGAAGGAGGGUGUUGAUUACAAAGUGAAGAUUACCUUCAAGGUCAAUAAGGAGAUCGUCAGUGGCCUCAAGUGUCUGCAUCACACCUACCGCCAGGGCCUGCGAGUGGACAAAGCUGUCUACAUGGUGGGCAGCUAUGGUCCGAGCGCCCAGGAGUACGAGUUUGUGACUCCGUUGGAGGAGGCGCCCCGGGGCGCGCUGGUGCGGGGUGCCUACGUGGUCACGUCCUUCUUCACCGAUGACGACAGGACCCCCCACCUGUCCUGGGAGUGGGGCCUCCACAUCUGCCAGGACUGGGAGAGCUGAGCGCCCCCUGCCCCAGGGCUGUGUUCCCACUUGCAGUCCUGGUCUCCCCCACCUCUGUCAGUCGCUGCAAGGGACCCCUGACCAUUCCCCGGCCCCCUCAGUGGCCAGACCCCCCUGCCCUCUGUCCUGUCCCGGGAUGCCCCCUCCCCAGGCCUGGCACUGUGCCCUGAACAGUCCUAUUAAACGUUGCU